GCAAUCGAUCUCAUGAACAUUGCUUUACAGAAUUUUCAGUCUGCUAGGUCUUCACUCGAAAGUUUAUUAUCGAUCAAACCAUCCGAAACCAGGAUGGAUUUUUGUCAGGAAGAAUUUACCAAAGAUUUACAAGCAAUGCUUCGUGUAUGCAUUGCCAAUAUCAUUAGUUUGCAUAAGAUAAUUGACGAACUUAAACCAAACCAAGAGCCAAGUCCCGUCGAAGACGAAAAGAUCAAGAAAUCACGUAAGCAACAGAAAAAGAAACAGCGACAGAAGAAUAAGCCGACGAUGCCAGAUGCAGUCGCGUCACACUCACAAGCCCAAGAAACGAUGACGACGGAGUCCACAGAAAAUAAGCCGGUGAAUAAAAUGGCAAAUUUUGAAUUUAAAUAUCAUCCACGGUUUCCAGUAGUCUCUUUGAAAUAA